AUGCCAAAGAACAGACCCUCCCAGCAAAAGCGCAAUGAAGCAAGAUACGCAGAAAUAGCGAAAGCGCGAGAACUCAAAGAGCACAAUCGCGCCAAAGAAGUAGCUGACGACGACACUCUCACCUUUGCGACCAAGAUUGAUCGACUUGGUGAGAUUCGACAUUGGUUUUCCGCUGAAACGCCGACGCUUGAUGAGUAUCUGCGCGGAAACCUGACUGUAGCUGAGACGGUUGACAUACUUGCGAAGCCAAUCGACGAAGCAUAUUCUUCUGCGGAUUUUGGGCGACAGUAUUUUGAGCAAGAGAGGGUUGCGCGGACGCAGCGGCAGUAUCAUAGUCCUGAGAAAGCACUUGCGGAGUGGGGAGCUGAAGAGGAGUAUCCUGAACCUACAGAAGAAUGGGAUCCGUCAAAGUCAACUGAGCAACUGCUCUGGGAUUUAUGGUUUUCGAUUCUCCAUGAAGCCAAGAAAAUUCCUUUUACGGAUGAGACGCAGCAUGGGAGGCUAGUUAAUCUAAUACAAGGUUUCAAAGAUCACCCGAAUCCACCACCACCGGUACCAAUGACAGUCCCACUCAAGAGAAGUUGGAUCUGGGAAUCUGAUACAAUUUGGGCGGACUUGGCUGUUCUCGGCAUCUCAGUAUCAGAAGUCUUCAAUGAUUCAUGCGGUUGUGGCGCAGGAUGGCUAUGGCCUGAACAACGUGCAAAUGAAAACCUCUUCUACUUCAUGGCUCGGCUCACAGCCAGCGGAACAGCCGACCUUUACAGCAAAGGUAUCUGUUGCGUUAGUAUGCUGGAGCGCACACCCUCUGCGGGAUCUAGACAUUUCCCGAAACCACCUAUCAUUGAAGUGCUGAGUCAUGACGUAACAAACGCGGCGUUAUGGACUAUCGUUGCUGGGAAGCAAGUGUUCUCUAAAUAUGCGGAUACACGCGAUGAGAGGGAUAUAGAGGUUGUAGAUAGAAUCAUCGGGUUGAGGGAUGAUGACUUACCUUGGAAUAGGUCGAGGAGGAAGUAUAAGGGACGAGCGAGAUGGGAAACUGCAAGGAAGGAAUUUACGAGGCGGCGGUUUGAAGAGGAGUCAAAGAAUGAGGAAUUAACACCAGCGGUACGUAACUUAGCUGCGAAGACGGCGGAAGCAAUGGUCCCACUUAUUCGGCUCCCUGGAGAGCGAGAAAAGGACGAAUAA